AACUGGAAAACGCGACCAAGACAAGAUUUAGUUGAUUCUGACAGCUAGCUGUGGGUGGUUUGGGCGCAACAAUGUAUUACUUACUUGCACCAAAGCCACGCCCAGGGUGAGAAUGACGAGGGCAAUCCAUUGGUUGCCUCUGAGACGCUUUUUGAGCAUGCAUGCCAUACACAGAGCUGUGUAAACGCCAGAUUCUGGAUAACAUCAAGGCAUAUCAGGAGGCUUUCGGCGAUCGGAAGAAUGUGAUUGGGUUCUCAUUAAAAGCAAACCCUAAUCCGGAAAUUUUAAAACUCAUCCAUCAAGGUGGUUUGAGCGUGGUUGCCGUGUCUGGCUUUGAGGUGAAACUCGCUUUGGAAAUCGGGUUCCCUGGUAAUCGAAUCUAUUUCAACGGCAACGGAAAACGUCCUUGGGAAAUGGCUUUGGCCCUAGAGAACGGAUGUAUCAUGAAUGUGGAUUCGGUGUUCAAUGCCAAGCAGCUCGUCAAAAUUGUUCAAGAAAAGGAUACGAGUGUGGAGGUUCUUUUGCGAUUGAACAUUGAGAUCGAGACCAAUGUCCAUCCGUAUUUGAAAACAGCUUCGCAGAAAUCCAAAUUUGGCAUUGUGGACGGCGAUUUUCAAGAGACUUUAAAAGUUCUCUUACCCGAAGCUCAGAUUAAAGUGAUCGGUCUUCAUUGACACUUGGGAAGCACCAUCGAUGAUGUCAGUGUCUACACUCAAUUGUUCAAGCUUCUGGAGAAGGUUAUUGAAGAGAACGCACCAGCCUUAACCAACAUUAAUCUCGUCAAUGUGGGUGGUGGUUUGGGAAUAAAAUAUUACCACGAAGAAAGCAAGGACGUCCCCACCGUCAAUGACUUGGCCAAUGCACUCCCACACAAUUCGCCUUUUGCUAUAAUGGUGGAGCCAGGGCGAUCUCUGGUGGGAAAUACUGGGGUUCUCUUGGUGCAAACGAUUGGAGUGAAAACCACCACAAUGAAGAACUUUAUCGUUGUGGAUGGGUCCAUGACGGAACUUAUUCGCCCUGCUCUUUACGAUGCCUUUCACAACAUAUUACCCGUGGUCAAGAAAAAAGGUGGCCAAACCCACCUGGUUGACUUUGUGGGUCCAGUCUGUGAGUCUGGCGACUUCUUGGGCAAGGAUCGACAAGUCCGUCUUCCUUCUGAAGGCGACUACUUCGCCGUUAUGGAUAGUGGCGCUUACUGCAUGGCCAUGGCUUCGAAUUACAAUCUGCGAGCUAGACCAGCUGAGAUAUUGGUGAACGGUGAGAAGUUCCACUUGAUCCAGCAUCGAGAGACCUAUGAUCAAGUGGUGAGGAGACUGGGUUACUAACCUGGUAGGUGGCUGGGUCAACAUAUUGGACGGCGAUGAAGAGUAAAUUGUUCUGGACCAUGUAUAAAGAUGCGGGGAUAAGCAGUUUGGCCGUUUCCCGCCACUUGAGGAUUACCUCGGAGUAGAAGUGCCAGAAACUGGGCAUCAAACCUUGAAAAAUGCAAAGGUUAUUUUCUAUGCCACAAGGUAA